AUGAUUAGCAAAUUGCGGCCGACAGACUUUCAAGUCCGGUCCUUGACAACAAUUGCAACUCCCCAUAGAGGCUCUGUGAUUGCCGACUAUUUCAUGCAGCGUGUUGAUGCCCAUGUAACUCGGCUGCGGAAACUGUCAAAAUCAAUCGAUAAGAUCACUUCCGAAGCACAGGCAUUCAGCCAAUUGACACGAAAAUAUCUCCAGGACGAGUUCAAUCCCAAUGUGCCAGACAAUGAUAAUGUCCGGUACUUUUCCUACGGCGCAAUGUUUCAACCCGGUCUCUUCAACAUCUUCCGACCCUUCCAUCGGGUUUUGGAAGAAGUCGAAGGCGCUAAUGACGGCCUUGUCAGCGUUGCCAGUAGUAAAUGGGGCGGCGACUUGGGCUAUAAAGGUACCCUUGUAGGCGUGAGCCAUCUGGAUUUGAUCAAUUGGUCCAAUCGCCUCCAGUGGAUGGUGGGUGAGUUGACGGGGAAUAAAAGGAAGUUCAAUGCAAUUGCGUUCUAUUUGGGUAUUGCAGAUAUGCUGGCAAAGGAAGGUCUAUAA